UAUAUACAUCAGCACAAGCAAAACCAGAACCAAAAAGAAAAAACAAAAUGGGGAGCUUUAGAUUUAGAUUUGGUCUCUCCAUUCUGCUCAUCUCAUGUCUGACCACCGGUGGAGACGCCCAGAGUGCUUCUAAUGUUCGUGCCACCUACAAUUUUUAUAACGCUUCGCAGGUGGGAUGGGACUUGAAUGCAGUGAGCGCGUUCUGCUCGACUUGGGAUGCCAAUAUGCCUCUCUCCUGGCGGAGCAAAUAUGGAUGGACUGCCUUCUGUGGACCAGUUGGUCCCACUGGCCAAGCUGCUUGUGGAUUGUGUUUGUUGGUAACAAAUACAAGGACUGGGGCUCAAGUAACAGUGAGGAUAGUUGACCAGUGCAGCAAUGGAGGGUUAGACUUGGAUUUUAGUGUGUUUCAACAAUUGGACACUGACGGAACUGGAUAUGCUCAAGGCCACCUCAUAGUCAAUUACCAGUUUGUUGAUUGUGGUGAUAAUCCUUUAUUUUCUAUCGUUGAGCAAGUUUGAAUUACUCAAACUUCCCUUUUGGUUCUCCAAAUAAUCCAACUAUGUUGUUGAUGAAGACUCGGUUGGGAUGACUUCUUCUUGUCAAGUCAUAUGUAAUUGAUCAUAACCAUCCAUGUGUCUCUCUCCCUAUUAUCUCUGUCAACUUAUGCGUUGUCUGUUUUGUUUAAUAAAUGCUAAUAGUGUUUGUAUGGUUCUUGUGUCAA